AUGCCUGGUGCAAAGAUUCUGCUGUUCCUGCAGAGUUUGUCCCGUAGGAAACCUCUGGAGCCUGAGGGUGAAGUGUCCAACUUUCGGCGGUGCCUGACCACCCUCGACCUGGUGGCUCUUGGGGUCGGCAGCACACUGGGGGCCGGCGUGUAUGUGCUGUCGGGAGAAGUGGCCAGAGCCGUGGCCGGGCCGAGUAUCAUAAUCUCUUUCCUGAUAGCAGCGGUUGCCUCCAUCUUUGCAGGACUAUGUUAUGCUGAAUUUGGAGCUCGUGUUCCCAAGACUGGCUCUGCCUAUCUCUACAGCUAUGUGACCGUGGGAGAGAUAUGGGCUUUUAUCACUGGCUGGAACCUGUUGCUGUCUUAUGUCAUAGGGACAUCAAGUGUAGCCAGAGCAUGGAGUGGGACCUUCGAUGACCUCAUUGGAAAUGUUAUCACCAGCUCUCUGGGCAAACAGGCUGCAAUGGAUUUACCUGGAUUAGCUCCCUACCCAGACUUUUUUGCAGCUGGCCUCAUAAUGCUCUUGGCAGGGAUUCUUGCAUUUGGUGUGAAAGAGUCAGCCAUCGUAAACAAGGUUUUUACAGCAGUUAACAUCCUGGUGUUGGUGUUUGUUAUCCUCUCUGGCUUCAUAAAGGGGGACGUCAACAACUGGUACAUCUCUGAAGAUUCUCUCCUGAGUGGAUAUGAGUGCGUAUCAUUAACAUCACUGAAUGAAACCUCCAGAUAUGGCAGUGGGGGAUUUUUCCCUUUUGGCUUUGAGGGCACAUUAGCAGGAGCAGCCACUUGCUUUUAUGCGUUUGUCGGAUUUGACUGCAUUGCCACAACAGGAGAAGAAGUUCAAAACCCUCAGAAGUCGAUCCCACUCGGUAUUGUGGCGUCCCUUCUCAUCUGCUUCUUGGCAUAUUUUGGUGUGUCUGCUGCCCUGACUCUUAUGAUGCCGUAUUAUUUGCUGAGUGUUCACAGCCCACUGCCCGUGGCCUUUACAUACAUCGGUUGGGGCCCUGCAAAGUAUGCAGUGGCUGUGGGAUCCCUCUGUGCACUGUCAACAAGCCUACUGGGAUCAAUGUUCCCGAUGCCCCGUGUUCUCUUUGCCAUGGCCAGGGAUGGCCUUCUCUUUAGACCUCUCAGUAAAAUGAGUGACAGACAAAGUCCUGUCAUAGCAACUCUGGCUUCGGGGGUUGUAGCAGCUAUCAUGGCAUUGUUAUUUGACCUGAAGGCGCUGGUUGACAUGAUGUCAAUUGGAACCCUCUUUGCCUACACCCUUGUUGCUAUAUGUAUCCUCAUAUUAAGGUAUGAAAUAUCAGAAGUGUUUAUAAUACCAAGCAGACCCGAGCGAGGAUUCAAGUUUCAGCAAACCAGAACCUUUCACAUCUUUUUAGCUAUCACCCUAAGCCUCUUCAUAUCUGGGGCUGUAGACUCCCUGCAGGCCCUUGAGUGGUGGAGUUUACUUUGCGUCUCUGUGAUCGUACUGAUGCUGGUCCUCAGUAUCCUGAUCAUCUGGAGACAACCACAAAGUGCAACAAAAGCUGCUUUCAUGGUUCCUUUAGUGCCAUUGCUUCCUGUUUUCAGCACCUUUGCCAAUGUCUAUCUUAUGGUUCAACUUGGAUCGGACACAUGGAUCCGCUAUGCAGUAUGGAUGGCAGUAGGUUUAAUCAUCUACUUUUGUUAUGGUGUUCAGCACAGUGUGCAGAAGCAAAGGCUUCAAAAUUCACACAACCGAGUCAGUAUUCACAGCAUCACCACGAAUAUAGUACAAAACAUUGAACCUGGACAAGAUUACAAUGGCUAA